GAAGGAAUCUAAAAUGUAUGCUGAAUUUGAACUGAUGUUUGUUUUUCAGUUUUCAUUAGUUAUGUACUUGGUUUAGGUUUUUUCUCUAUUGAAUUUUCAUUUAUGUGAAGAUGGCAAAAGAAGGUGUCACUAAAUGCGAAGUUCUUUCCUUUAUCCUGAGCGGAAUUCUCAUUAUCGGAGGAAUAGCUUUGCUGGUAUCUCGUUUCCCACAGAAGUUUGCAGGAUGGCAGAUUCAAGAUAAGCUCAUCAUUUCUCCGAAUUCGUCAAUAGUAAAUGCUUGGGAGAAUCCUGAAGUCCCGUGUUACAUGAAAUUCUACGUCUAUAAUGUUACCAACAAAGAAGAAUUCAUGAACGGUGAAAAACCUAUUUUGGAAGAACAUGGCCCUUACACUUACCGCAUGGUAUCGCCUCGUUUUGAUAUAAAAUUUUAUGUGAACGAUACAGUGUCUUUUCGAAGUAACCAUACGUUAUAUUUCGAACCCGGCAUGUCGAAUGGCUCCGAAGAUGACGUACUAUUCCAUAUUAAUCUUCCAAUAGUGAAAGUAAGCGAGUCGGUACAGUCAUCAUCCAUAUCUCCGCUUUUGAGGCAAUUCAAAGUUCCUGACAAACUCGUAAAGCUCGUAGGAAAAGAAGACCUCAUAGUAGCACACACGGUGAAGGAGAUCAUCUUUGGUUACGACGAGCCAAUGAUGAAAUUGGCCAGUAAUAUAUUAGCCUGGUUCGGUAAAGAUCUCGACCCUACUUUCGGUCCUUUUCAUGAAUUUAACAACACUGACGACGGACUAUUCUUAGUGGGUACAGGUAGAAAAAACUUCUCCACUUUCAACGUGAUUGACCGAUGGAACGGGAAAAAAUUGCUUUCGUAUUGGACGACCAAAUAUGCAAACAUGAUAAAUGGAACAGACGGUUCAUUUUUACGACCAAAUGUUAAACGGAACCAGACCAGAUAUACAUACUUACCGCAAAUGCAACGAGCCGCAAAGUUGGAAUAUGAACAGGACACAACUGUCAAAAGUGUUCGAACUUAUAGAUAUCAUUUUGCGAACGACUUAUUGAGUAACAUUACCGAACAGCCAGACAACGCUGGAUUUUGCGUCCCAGAGGGCAAUUGUUUUGAUUCCGGCGUUUUGAACGUUGGAAGAGGCGAUGCGCCAAUAUUUCUGUCUCUUCCUCAUUUUUAUUUGGGGUCGGAAAACUUACAAAAUGGAGUCGUAGGGCUAUCACCAAACAAGACAUUGCACGACUCCUUCUUUCACACCGAACCGCUCACUGGAGCCGUAAUGCGUUCGCAGGAGAGGUUGCAAAUCAAUGCUCACGUUACGAAGUCGGAUUAUUUUGAACAACUGAGAAAAGUUCAACCUGUGUUUUUUCCAUAUUUUUGGAUUUCCGCAGAAGAAUUGGUCAAUGAUGACAUCGCCCUGAAUCUGCUACAUGUUAUGAAAGUUGUCGAUUUUGCUUGCUACCUGGGUUACAUAAUAAUAUUUAUUGGACUUGUCAUUCUGGGAGCAACAUUGGCUAAGUUGUACGUGCGACGUAGGUCUACGUUAUCCCGCGAUGAAGAACCGCUCAUUUCCGAUGAUCAUGCCGAAAACGCUUAGCAUUGUUUUUUAAUAAUUUGUGUUGAGUAUCUUUGAACACGUUUUGCAUCAAUUUAUCAUUUUCUCUUGAAAUGAAAAUAUAUACCUAUUGAACCUUCGA